AUGCAAUGGCUCUGGGUUAACUGGAACCUUAUGGGGCGUGGGUUUCACAAAACGCGACACUUUCCUGACUGCCUUCCCAAAUUGUUCAGGAGCAACCUAACCCUCGACAAACGACUAGGAAACAUCACUGUUGUUUGGGGAGAAAUAGGAAGAUUUCAUUCUUGUUGCGGCUGGUAUGAGUGCCUCCUGGCGAGCUCGUGGGAAGAUGUCACAAUUGAGAAAGGGGAUAGGAGCAGGGUACCUUAUGAGUCCUUAUAUUCAACUUUCAUUUGCACAGUUGCUGAAGCCGAGAUUUAUUUGGAGAUGGCCCUGCGUGGUCAUUACCCGGGUAGGCUCUAUCACCGGGAGAUCAAUCUUGUAGAGGCUCUUCCCCCUCAUGUGUCUGAAAGGCGCAUGCGAGAGUUUGCUGGAUUGAUCUUGGUGGAAAGGGGAAAUGUUGGUUCUAGCGGUCCUGCAACGCCUUCCCAACCAACCGUUGGGGUUGUUUCCCUGGUUCGUUCGUCGGUUCCUGCUCCUUUUGCUUUUCCUGUGGGGGUACAAGCAGGAAAAUGUAGUGCUCCUAUUCAGAAAAGGCGAAGUUUACGCAUGGUGCCAUCGUCAGAUGAGGAGACAGAAUCCGAUGAUGCGGGUCUUCGUCCUCGUAAAUCACAUAGGACUGUAUCUGUGGCCAGCCUUCUUGGUGGUAUCGAGGGUAUUCUUGGUGAUCGAUUUUUUGUGCCUAAGAAGAAAUAG